AUGGCGCCUCUCUUGCGCCCACGAAGACUCGAUGGCACAACAAAACCCAACACCGACGCUCUUGGUAUCUUCUAUGUCGUCGUUGCCAUAGUGUACACACUGAUACUGGGUGUGGAGCUCUUCUUCCUACAUCGACGUAGAGAAGCCUUUUGCCUGCAGAUAAGAAAUCUCAAGGUCGUCUUUGCAGCAGUGCUUAUGCUACAUAUUUAUCUCAUCCUCGUCCUGCUCGUUUACCCUUGGAAUGGCCUCUUUCCGUGCUCAGCCGAAUUCUGGAUUAUGUCAGUAUUUCUCCCGUCUGGCAUGGCAUUCUUCCAAGCCUGCAAUGCCAAAGUGCUCACAGCAUAUGAGAGCCAGCGUCGGAUGACACGCAACUUUCUGGAGGGUGCGCGCAGGAAGCGGAUAUCUUACACCCCUCUUGGCCUGUACGAAGCAUGGCGCGAUCUUGAUGCGGCAAAGAAAGUGUACUUUGGAACUCUGGUCGGAUUAGUGCUUUCGUUCCUACCAGCCAUCAUGUUGUUUUUCGGCUCCCGUCGUUUCCAUGAUGCCUACGGUUUCUUUGGUGUUCCGGCCAAUUACUUUGAGUGCCGCAGAGGAGGCGAGUGGAUCCCUUCAAUAUUUGUGCAGCUGUUCUGGACGAUGAUUGUUGGACCUUGGAUACUGUGGAAGAUCCGUAACAUCAAGGACGUUCACUCUUGGGCCUGGCAAACGAGACUCGCAAUCAUUGCCGGCCUUCCCGGGACGCCUCUUUGGAUCGCCUUCACGUACUCUGACAUGUCCAAAGUCCAGCACAUCAACAAAUUCUUCGCACCAGCUGGAUGGUUCAUACCGUCACUAGUAGUCUGCCAACAAGUUUUGAUCAUUAUACCACUCCGAGACGCAUUGAGGGCCCGCCCCAAUCGACGAGCAUCCAUAUCUGAAACUGACUCGCUUACCUCCAACCACUCGGUCAUGUCCGAAAAAUCGACUACUGUGGUUUUCACCAAGGAGAUGAGGUCCAAGACGUCGAUGCAGUCGCUAGAGUUCACUAUUCAGCAUAGUAUCGAACCUCUGAUUGCCUGGGCUGCUGCUCGUGAAUUCACCGCCGAGAACUGCAUCUUCCUGCGCGAGGUGCGCAGCUUCAAGAAGAAAUGGGGUGGCCUAAAGGUUGUCACCACUUCCCAACGGCGGCAGAUGUUCAACGAAGCGUCUUUGCUUUUCUACACGCUCGUCAACCCCUUCACUGCAGAGGCACCGAUCAACAUCGAAUACAAGGUUUUCAAGACACUACAGGUCAUGUUCGCAGACGUGGAAUUCGAUCCAUAUAUGCCACGCAGCCAGACACCUGAUGAUGUCAAGUCACCGGUCAUUCGAGAGAACGUCGUCUGCCCAUGGGAGGAUACCUUGAGCCGACCAGCGAGUAUCGACUCCAGCAUCACAUCCUCGUCAACGGCGAGCACACGGACGAUAGUCCCGAGCGAAUUCACGGAAGACGUCUUCGAUGCUGCUUUUGAAAGCAUCAAGUACCUUGUCUUCACCAAUACCUGGCCGCGCUAUGUGGAGCUCGCAGGCAAGCUCCCAUCGCCAUAA